AUGUCGCAUACUGGACCAGCAUCUCAACAUGCGUCACGCCGUUCUUCGAGGUCCCCCUUGGGAGAUGACCAAGUCUCGCCUUCCUCAGUUCGACACAGGCAGCUCGGUGACCGCGAUCUGCGCCAAGAUGUGAGCAAUGUUCCCUAUACAAAUGGCGAGGAAAGAUUACAGCAGGUCCCCCAAAAGACCCUUGGUGUCCAUAAUAUACUCAACCCUAUGGAGCCACGACUACUAGCUUCAGGGGGUAGUAGCCAUCUUCCUCCAGCAGCUCGUCCUUCUGAAUCCACGACACCAGGCCAGGCAGCUGGCUCAAUACCUGGACCUUUUGCUGGCGCACGAGCUUUCCCACCCGCCCAACCUGCGUCGAUUUCUCUUCCAGGUACACCUUUAGGGCCGAUGACACCUCUCGGAGGACCUUCAUCAGGACGCAAUUCCCCAACAACGGCUUUCCCAUUCCCUGCCGUAAAUAGUGCAAGACCAAAAGCUAGCCCGACACAACAUCCUCGAGCCAUAAGUGUUAGCCAUGUGCCAUCUCGUGAAUCUGAUGGGCGACAGUCUUUACAUGGCUUUUCAUCUGCUAAGCGACCCUUCGAGGAUAUAACGCCGGAAGACACCAGAACUCAAUAUCCCCAUCUACAUCCUCUAACUGGAGCACCCACUGGUCCUCCCUCAGCGAUGUCGGAUCCUGGUAGGUUGCACUCGCAGCCGCCGGUCGCUUCUCCUGGAACGCAAGCUCCCCUCUCUGCUUUCCCCCCCAGCCAUGCGCCGGGUCGUCCGCAACCACCUCUGGUACACUCGCAAACUUCAUAUUCUCCUAACAUGCAGGCUGGUCGGCCUUUCCUCAGCCCAGGCCCCCCAAGCGAGUCUGCCUCGCCGUGGUCGGAAACACUACGAAGACAUGGGAUGGGAGGGUCCCUUUUUGGCGUUGAGGGACAGCAAGCUUUAUUGGCACUUCCGGGAAGCGAGGCACCUAUCCCUGUUCAUAUGGAUUUUUCGCAAGCGUCCAAGAAAGCUGACGAGAAGAGACAGAGAAACGCAGUGGCUUCAACAAGGCAUAGGAGGAAGAAGAAGAUUAUGCAGGAGGAGAAUUCAAAACAACUACAAGAGCUUCGGGAUGAAAGGCGUCUUAUGGAAAUAAGGAUCGAGGAGCUGAUUCAACAACGGGACUUCUACCGUGAAGACCGUAACCGUUUACGAGACAUUGUCGCACAAACGCCAUCAAUAAGUGGCCUUGCUGCCGGACCUCCUAGUCCUACUAUUUCGACAAGCAAUUCUUAUGCAGAGACCGGGUCGUUGGCAUCAGGGCCAUCUGGAUCCAUGAGUUAUGGAGAAGCACUAUCGAACGAAAGACCAGCCCAACGCCGUCGAACCGAUGACCAUCCUGAAUACUCACUACCACCAUACGGGUCCCCUGCGAGUGGGCACCCGAGCGCAUCUCCCAGUGGGCUACCUCCGAUGCCCAUGUCAGGUUAUGGCGGGCCAUCACGGCCAUCAUCUGCGGCAUCCUCAGCAAGCGGCGAGAGGCUACCGCCCCUGAGAGUAAUGGAAGGUCGACCUCCUACUGGCCCACCCCCCGGCCCAGGUGUUCAAGAGCAGGAUCCGCGAACUGGUCAGUGGAUUCCCGUUCAGCCUCGAGUUCCAGAGACUGGGUGGGCAACAAGGGACACUCACCGCAGGCCUUAA